CUUCACUCCCAGAAGAGCAGACUGUGCGGCCGUUGCAAAUAAAGUUGAUGAAACAAGUGGUGUUGAGAGAGACAAGCUAACCAAACCUGACAAGAAAACAAAUCCCUGCCCCAAUAAGGAACAGAUGUUUCUGGAAAAGUGACAUAAUUUCGGAUUUGAAGCGGAUUGUAAAAACUGAAGACUGUGUGAACCCAAAGCGAAAGGUUCAAGAUCCCCCCCCCCAAAACAGGAUUUUACUCUUGCGUGGAGCUUGACUCGAGUUUCAGAGUGUCUUUUGUCCUCCUCUUGAGCCUAGAGCCGAGGGGGGAGGCAAAGCCGUGGCGUCUGCGGGAAUGAAGUACAGCUACCAGUACCCGGUGUCACAGUACACGCGCUCCAGCACGCACUACACCUCCACUCAUUACACACCGUCACACUACUCCAGCAGCUCGUACUCGCCCGGAUACUACAGCUCCUCAAAGUACAGCGCUGCUGCACUCCACACGCCAUCGUACCACACUCCACCCGCUUACACACCCGCCUACAAGCCCACAUCCACUUACACCCCCAUCUACAGCAAGGCGUCCCGGCAGAGCAGCUCAGCCCGGGCAAGCGUACAGCUUACUCCCACUGUAGCCCUCAAACCCGCCCGGGCCGUGCGCUUCACGAACGAUGUCGUAUUCCAGGAUUUGGUCCGGCACAGCGAGCUGGAACAGAUUGGGCGGUUUAUGAGGGCGAGGAAAGUGCGUCUGGACACCAUCUUCCCUUCUGGAAUGGCAGCGCUCCAUGAAGCCGUGCUCUCGGGAAACCUGGAGUGUGUGAAGCUCCUGAUAAAGUACGGAGCCGACGUUCACCAGAGGGACGAGAACGGCUGGACACCACUGCAUAUGGCGUGCAGCGACGGUUAUCCUGAGAUCGCGCGGUACCUUCUCUCUCUGGGUGCCAGUGUGGAAGCAGAGAAUGAAAAUGGGGAGAAACCAGCAGACCUCAUCGACCCGGACUGCGAAGAACUGCUCAAGCUCUUCGAGACCGGCUGCGUUUGAGCGCUGACCCGCGGAAGAGCUAGCGUAAAAAAAACCCCAAGCUUUCAAAAAACAUUCAGAUCGCUCUCCUGAGCUUCUCAUUUUGUGUGGUUCUCUUGAAUAUUCUUUUUUUUUUAUUAUUUUGGUUUUUAGCUAGACACAACAUUAUAAUACAGUACAGAGGGACGUAUCCGUUUGCUUUUGAAGCCGUUUAAGUAUUUCUAAGUGAAACAGUAUUAAGUGAGGAAAAUCAUCCCUCAUCCGUUUGGAAUAGAGCCUGGAUUAUGAAGAGCGGGUGUAUAUGCAGUCAGAUGGUUUAAGGAAGGUUUUCCAAAGUCGAAAAGUUUAGGGGGAGCAAGUUAUUGAACUUUAAUUUAAAAAAAAAAACAACAACAAGAGCAGGAAUGCUUACGUUAAACCGUCUUUUUCUUCAGCGCCAUACAUUCGCACAUCUCUCAAUGUUUACAGACAGAUCUUUUCUGUACGCCAUCUGUCUACGAUUGUUGUUGUUAAUCCUACUUUGUACCGGGGGGGGUCCCUUCGAAGUGCUCUUGUCUUUUACGUGACAAGGGAUACAGUUGUGUUCAUGAAAAGAGAUGCUCGCUGAGAGGUGACGUCUGUCUGCUGGGCAGCAGGAGAGCACAGAACCACCGCCUGCGUCACACACACACACACACACACACACACACUUAUGAAGAAACACCGAGGCUCUGUGCGUUACUGUUACGGGUGAGGGCACUCAUGACAUUUUGAAUGUCUCUUGUCAAAGUCUUAUCGCUAUCUUAUUUUUUACAAUGUUUUCUUAAAUAAAAUGUUGCUUUUAUAUAAA